AUGACGCUCGUUGACGUAUUCAGCGGCCUAAAAGAAGGAAAAUUCACUUUCUCCAUUGGAAAGAAUCCACCGAAGACGUUAACAGACCUUGUCGCCAGGGCUCAGAAGUAUACUAACGCCAAGGAAUUCUCUAACGCCCGCAAAAAUGUUCAAGUGACAGAACCGAUAGGCAAGGGGAAGAGACCAAGGAACGAAGAACCUCAGCCAUCCAGCAAAGGACUAGAUGACCGUGUCCCUCACGAUCGUCGUCCGAGCAGAAAAUCGGAGGGUAAAUUUCAUUCCUACACCCCCCUAAACACGUCGGAUGAGAAAAUUCUAUUGGACAUCAAAGGGCACAAACUUCUGAAUUGGCCUGUUUGUAUAAGGGCCGACCCAGAUCAUCGAGACAAAUACAAAUACUGCCACUUCCAUCGGGAUCACGGUCACAACAUAGCUGAUUGUGUGGAUCUCAAAGAUGAGAUUAAAGCCCUUAUUCGAAAGGGGCAUCUGCGCCGAUAUACCAAGGAAGAAAGAACCUCUCGGAAAGAAGAGCCAAAUAACACCACGGAAGAUCCAACCGAAAUUCGCACCAUUUUUGGGGGCUCAUCUAGAGGAGGAGAUUCGAACAGGGCUCGGAAAGCCUACUGUCGGAGGUCCGAUCCGGAACACAACAUCCAUUUGAACAAAGAACUUUGUGUCAGUUCGUGUAGCAUGACCUUCUCAGAAGAUGAUGCAUGUGGGAUCCAGCAUCCCCACGACGACGCCCUAGUGGUUACUAUGACUAUAGCCAACUACAAGGUGUACCGCAUCCUGAUCGACACCGAAAGUUCAGCAGAUGUAAUUUACUUCGAGGCUUUUGAAAGAAUAGGGGUUCUAAGGUCCCAUUUCAGACCUGUGAAGACCCCCUGCAUGGCUUUAUCGGAGAAAGAGUGA